AUGUCAAUCUCUCAAGCUUCUACACUCUUACGAAAGCUCACACAUGAUCAGGCAAAUGACGUUCCGAUUCUGCUUGUUACACCUGUCUUUCGUAGGACUUGCCCACCUUCACUCCUGAGCCGACUCAACUCGAGAAACCGUACCACGUCAAACGUCACCAUGGCACCGUUCAACGCCCGCGAGCUGGCCCAGCGCAUCAAAACGCUGUCUUCGUCAGUCGGCAAGAAUGAUCCGCCUGCAGAUAUCCUCGCUCAGCUCGAGCAGAUUAACAAGGAGCCUGCGCCCACCGAGGAGGUCUUGCGCAGCACCAAAGCGGGUGUUAUCAUUGCACGCCUUAACAAGAAUGCGAAUCCCGACAUCGCCAAGGUUGCCGGCGCUAUUGUUCAGAAGUGGCGAAAGGCGGUAGAGGCCGAGAAGAUGGCCAAGAAGGGCAAGCCUUCGCCGUCGCCAGCUCCCGCCGCCAAGCCUGCCUCCCCUGCGCAGAAAUCCGCCGCUGGUCUGAAGAAAAAGUUUGAGGGCGACGCUGAGAAGCGCACGUUCAAGACCGAGGCCGUCGACAUCAAGCGAAUUGGCGUGCCCGAGCGCGACAACUGCAUCGGUCUGCUGUACAACGGUCUAGCCUACCGGUCCUACGAGCCGUCUGACCUUAUUCUUCAACGUGCCAUGGAGGUCGAGAGCGCAGCACACAAGACCUUGAACGGGAUUUCCAAGGAGUACAAGGAGAAGAUAAGAUCCCUCUUCUCGAACCUCAAAGGAAAGACCAAUGCCGAGCUCGGUCAGAGCGUCAUGUCCGGCGCCAUCACAGCUGAUAAGUUUGUCCGCAUGUCUGGCAAGGAGCUCAUGUCCGAGGAGCAGCGCAAGAUCAACGCCGAGCUUGAGAAGGAGAAUAUGAACAAGGCACAGGUCCCCAUGGCCGAGAAAAGCGUCAGCGAGGAGCUCACUUGCGGUAACUGCAAGCAGAAGAAGGUCAGCUAUACGCAGGCGCAGACGCGAAGUGCUGAUGAGCCCAUGACAACAUUCUGCGAAUGCAUGAACUGCGGCAAACGCUGGAAGGUAACAUUGCCUGCUCUCCCUCUCGACACGACCUGCACCUAUGCUGACCACUCCAUGCAGUUCUCAUAA